AUGGUUCCAUCCAGAGUUCCAGUCGAACUGCAAGGUUUAUCCCAACUUGAAGAGAUGUUAGUUGCUCGUGCUUUGCCUAUAAUGAGAGUUUAUAUUAAACCAGGAGGACAAAGAGGUUACUCUGGUCAUUGUAUUAAUUUGCCACAAAAUGUAAAAGAACUUGCAUUGUCAUUGCCAAGAUACCCUAAAGACCUAUCUGUUAUUAUUGUCAAAGUCAAGGGUAGAGAUAAUACAUUUAAGGAUGUCAGUGUAAGGAAACAAAAAGUUUAUGAUGCUUUAUUGUGGCUAACAAAUAAUAAUCCUCAUUAUUCAGAUGUAGAAAUUGAUGAACAUGCUUUAAAUGCUUUGCCUAUCAAUGGAGUACCUGUUGAUCUUUUGACAGUUGAAAGUGAUGAAGCAAUUAUUUCAGAUAACAAUGCAGAGGUUGAUUUAGGGCCACCUACUGAUAACCCUUUUGAAGACAGAGCUUAUAAUGAAUCUAUUGAUAUGAGUAGCUUUUUACCUGUUGGCGAACAACAGCAACAAGAACUAGAUGCAGUAAGAAAUCAAAUUUCUGCGAAUGAACCACUAAACUGGCCUACAGUUCAAGAUAGACCUGUAAAUGAGUAUCAGACACCUUUCUUAGCCACUAUGGCAUUCCCUACAUUAUUCCCUGAUGGAAAAGGAGAUCCAACUAAUCAGGCUUUGGUAAUGGAUGUUCCUCUUGCAGAAAGAGUAAAACAUCUCAUUAAAUUUGCUGAAAAUGUAAAUGGCAAAUGGAUUUAUCGCUUUGCUAGCCACCCAAGAUUUGCUUACUGGGCUUUUAAUAUGAUUCUCAGAAAACGAACAUUGCAACAGAGUGGUAUCUUUCUUAAACAAAAUCCUGGUGAGGCACAUCUUACCAUAGAUGAAUUGCGUGAAAUGGCUGAAAGUGAUAAUUCAGUUGUCUUUAUGUGUAAGGUUUCUAGGUAUGUUGCCAACAUUGCUGGUACAAAUGCAUACUGGCAUAGAGUAAAAGAAGACCUGAAAGCAAUAGUUACCAAUGUUGGGACUCCAACAUUAUUUUUUACCUUUUCAUCAGCUGAUAUGCAUUGGCCUGAAUUACAUGCCCUCUUUCAGAACAACGAUAGUAGUUUUACAAGUGAACAAAGGCGUCAAAAUGUAAUCAAUAAUCCUCAUAUUGUUGAUUGGUUUUUCACUCAAAGGUUGGAUAAUUUUAUGAAGUAUUGGUUGUAUGGCACCCUUGAUGCCAAAUGGCAUUGGUAUAGAUUUGAAUACCAAGGUAGAGGUAGUAUUCAUUGUCAUGGUACUGCUAAACUAAAUAAUGAUCCAGGCCUGUGUGAACUCACCAAGAUAGCCUUAAAGGGUUUCUUAGCUAAGACUUUGAAAGAGAAAAACCCUCUUACUGAUGAUGCACAGCUUGACUUAGAUAUUGAAGCUUGA